GUCAACUUCCCAUUCUCUUUCGCAGCAGCUGUGAACGGGAAGUCUCGAGACAAGAACAUAACAACGCCCAUGUCUACCUCCAGCACCGCAACCGCCCCUCCCAAGGGAAAAGCUGCACAGCAAACAGUCUACACAACUGCCGGUACUGUCUACAACCCGACGGCUCCUCCCCUUCAGCCACCUUCCCGGAGAGGUCGUGCUUCGAGGUGGGCUCCACCUUCUCCGGCAGAGCUGGCUCUUUUGAACCAGUCUGUCCUGGCCAGCUUCCCCUACAAGCCAUACCGCUCUCCUCCUACCACGGCCUCGAGCCUGAAGCACUACACUCCCCUUCAGCAGAAUAGCGAUCGCGCCGCUGAGCCUCUCAUGGGCAUAUCGGCCUCGGGACGCACCCUUUCCGAGUCCUCUUCCACCUUGUCGCUCAAUAGCGCGCCAUCGCAAGGAAACACAAACAGCCUCAACGCCAACGGCCGUGUUCUCGACGACAUGCGUCUCACAGAUGAUGAAAAGGACGAAGAGGAGCUGACCAGAAUGAGCAAUCUGCCUGUGCGAACCAUCACCAACCUGGCCUCCUACCCAAACCCAUCUCAGAAGCUAGCCCAGAAGGCCCUCGAUCGUGCGCGAGAAACGUUCAAGACAGCCGCAGAGACUGACCGAUCUUCGACGCCCAGUUUCUCACAGCAGGGUGCCCACGGGAUGCCCUUGCCUGCCAAGGAUUACAUCGAGUCUUUCAUGUCGGCUGCCAAUCCUAGGACCAGCUUGGCCUUCCGCACUGGACGACCAGAGGGUCGCUUUCCUCCCACUCCGGAGGAGCUUCAAUUGAGGGACGCUCGCUCGAAAAUCGCCUUCUACGGCGCCUAUCAGGACUUGACAAAGACCCUGGACAUGAGAAUCACAGAGGCGCAGAGAAAGCUUCAUGAUCUCGAGCUCGGCUUUACGGGCUCGCGCGAGCGGACCGCAGCUCGCAAUGCGGAAGUUGAGGUCUUAUUCCAUUCUGCCACGCUUGGGAAACCAAGGGAAGACAUUGAUGUGGAAGCUGUCCACAAUCUGCCAGCUCAUGAGGCGGCCACGCCGCUCAUAAACAUGGCCUUCUCGACUCUGCUCAACUACUGGGCCGAUGGUCGGCUCAUGGAGAUUCCGACCGGCUUUGGAAGGACGGAGCAAACCAAGAUCAAAGUCCGCAGCCAGGAAAUAUGUGCUGGCCACAGAAUCGCGGGCUGGUAG